UUAACCGCGGCUGCCGAGGAGAUAUUUGGGGUUGUGAAGGGGACGAUAGUUGAGUACCAGACAGAAAUCGUUCGCUCCAAGGAGGAGAACAAUCGUCUCCGAAAGCUGCUGGAUAUCGCUGUCCAGCGCGUUCUACUCCAAACAGGUAGCUAGCUAAGUAACGCUAGGAUAUGUACCUACUUUUAUUUUUCAAAACGAGGGAAUUGUUUUGGUUGUUGCCAGACUCCACUAACUAAUCUAUCGAAAAUACCAGAAUUGUUCUAUUGGACAAACGUUAGACUAGAGAAUAUGAAAAGCCUACCACAGGGCUGCCAACUUUGAAGAAAGCUUGGAGUGAGAUUUUGCCUAGACGGGGCCUGGAAAAUGUUACUGUUUUAAAGCUCAUUUCCUGCAAUUCUAUGUAUUUCGACAUGGUUUAGGGAUAUGACCAGGGUAAAAAAAAAAAAAACAGGUCAGCUGUAUUCAGAAUGCUUUGAACAUUAAAUGGACACUCAAAAUUCGACGACUUUGUUACUUUGAGGUUUUUGGGGGAUGACAUUUAAAGUAUGCAAUUAUGCAAAUGUGGUUUGACACUUUAUUCAGACAGUAAUGAAAUCAGUGCACCGGAAAUACUAAUAUUAAUGGUUGAUUGCAGUGGCUAACCAAAUCAUAGAUUGCAGUCUUCUUGUCUGUAGACUGCUUUAUAUAUAUUUUUAUUUAUUAAUUAAUUUUUUAGUCAUUUAGCAGACGCUCUUAUCCAGAGCGACUUGCAGCUAGUGAGUGCAUACAUUUUCAAGGUAAGGACACAAACAUUUAGUAUUUUGUAAUUUUGGUGAACUCUCUUUAAAAUAGUGCUGGAAGAAAAUCCUGCUUGCUCUCCUGAUCUAUGUUUCCCAAGUGUUGGAUGUUUGAAAAUGUUCUUGUUAUAACAAUUCAUUUCUCAAAAAAAUGUCUCAUGAAUAUCAAUAUGCAGGUGGUUUAUAUCAACUAGUUGAAGGUCAUUGUCAUCAUCUUACACUACAUAGACAAAAUAUGAUGCGUUUAUGAAUUGUGAGUCCCCCUACCAUCUCUGCCUAGCAUGUGCAUAAUAGUAAAAUGUCAAAAAUGAUAUUUGAGGCCUGGAGCGUUUUAAUAUCCAGUGCUUAUUUGCAGGACUUAUCCAAAACUUUCUAUGAAUGGCUGCAAAAAUAAAUAGCCUCAAAUCAUUCAUUUUCAAAGACACAAGUAGGCAUAUCAGAUUUAAAAUCUGUGAUUACACUGGCAAAAUUGGUAAGAAGUGAAAUAAAAUACUGUAAAUGUGGGGAAUAACAGUAGUGCUCUUGCUGACAAGCACACUAAUUACCCUUUUUAUUUCAGCCCAUUGUUAAGAAUGAGAAUUGUUCAAUUGAUCAGACUAAGUAAAGUAAAUUGAUAAUAAAAUCUGCUCUAGAAAAGAUGACAAAUCUGCCCCUACACCCAAACCAAUAGUUUUUUCUAUUUAUUGUCCCCCCUCUAGAAUCAAACUUACACUUUUGAGUUCACAAUCUGUUUGACCAAAUGAUUUUCAUAGUUACAAAUCAGGUCACCCUACCAAACUUCCCUGCUAAAACAUACUGUAGGUCUGUCUGCUGCCUUUUCAUUGUCAAAGCCUAAAUGCCAAUCACCAAACGAGGGGACUAAUGCAAGUGUGGAUUAAAUCGACUUUAGUACGUGCUGUCAAAAAGCUGCAUUCUGCAAUAGGGACGGGAGUAACAGCAACCUAAAUUUGUUAACAACAUUGUAUCUAAAAAAGCGCUACCGUGCUGCUCUUUUUACCGUUUUAUAAACUCAGAAGAGAAUGUUCUCUUUCUCCAUUCACCUCCACUCUAAUCUUGAGGAGCGUUUCUUGAAAACGCGUAUCCAAUUCCGUUUAUCCCUUACAUAACUAGUCCAAUCAUAUGCUUCAAUGUGCUGCGGUUCAGUUCUGUGGCAAGACAGGACAAUGAGAGGUUCCGCACGUCAUGUUAAAUUGCAGUCGCGAUGCUCUGAUUUCAAAAUUAUUUGGGGCACAGUUGAAAAGUUAACACUAAAAUGAACUAAUUAGACAAAUAAAAGCAGUAAUUUUCAAUGCGUGAUAUGAGGUGUGUGAGCGUGAGAAGAGGGUAAAAUUAGUGUCUCACGGCCAAUGCGUGAGAGUUGGCAGCUCUGCUACCAUGCAGGCUGAAUCUGAAUCUUGUUUUACAGUCGCGCAGGAAGCAGCCAUUCAACUUGCCAUUCACCAGCUUUCCAAGCUUAUAAUGUCAAAAUACGUUCGGUACUUACCAAAGACUGGAGUUUCGCUGAGCAACUAUUAUUACUGCCGGUAUGUACUUCCAAAAAAGGUCUAAAUAAAAAGUUACAUGCAACCGAAAAAAUGCCUGUGUUUUAACAGGCAGACCAAUUCAGAUCUUUUUGUCCACUAAUUGGUAUUUUUUUUAACCAGUUAGCACCUUUUUAUUUGUCGAGUCAUGCGUCCUCCGAAACAUGACCGGCUGCACCAAUGUGUCAGAGGAAACACCGUUCACCUGACGACCGAGGCCAGCCAGCAGGCGCGCCACAAGGAGUCGCUGGGCCAAUUGUCUGCCGCCCUAUAGGACUCCUGAUCAUGGUCGGUUGUGAUACAGCCCGGGAUCGAACCCGGGUCUGUAGUGACGCCUCUAACACUAUGAUAUAGUGAUGCCCCACUCGGGAGGCCAUAUUAUAUAUUUUUCAGAGCCGAUCUGAUUGGUCAAAAGACCAGUUAGUGAAAAAACAUCAGAAUUGUCUGACUGUCUAAAUGCAGCCUAAGUAUAUUGUUUUUGGCCAAAUCAUCCACAGUUCUGCACCUCCAAUAAAAUCACUCAUAACACACACAGGUCGGCUGAUCCAGCAGCAGGAAAGGUAAUUGAUUUGAUCACCUACAACAGUAGAUUUAUCAAUCUGUUGUUUCACCCACAUUACACAGAAUGCAAUAAUAUGUUAUGUAAGUAGAUUAAGUAGACAACAGGGUAAGUUUUUACAGUGAUUGUAUAUUUGUAGAUAGGCUUAGUGAUUUUAGUGGAUGUGCAGAAGAGGUAGAUUUGGCGCAUGCGCACAUGGUCAAAAACUAUUCUUAGAUUCUUCCAGACAAGCCAUUUUUUCAGUUGCAUUUCACUUUUUAUUUAGAACUUUUUUGGAAGUACUUACCGGCCGUAACGACUGCCACAGUCGUCUUUGGUAAGUGCCGAACGUAUGACAUUUUAAGCUUGAAAAGCUGGUGAAUGGCAAGUUGAAUGGCUACUUCCUGGGCUUAAAGGAGAAUCUCCAUAUUCAACAUCUCCUGUAAACCCUAACUCUGGUUCACAUCAGAGCAUAUGAGCGGAGUGGAGCGGUGAGAAUCUCAGCUCCUCGCUCACGGAGCUGUUCACCCCUCCGCUCCCCCCGCUCAAAGCCACUUCAGGCCAGUCCGCUCAUUAUCGCUCAGCGCUCAACGAAGUUUGCAUCGCGCUCCACUCAAAUCGCCCGGUUGAGCUGCGCUGGCGAAGUGUUGCAUCCCUUCGCGUUCUCCUUUACUCAGCGGUUCAUAGUCCAUGUAAAUCAUUUUUUAAAAUGCUACAUCCAGCUCUCUUUUUCUCUCCCUUGUUAUGGUUGGGCCUUUGUGUGCAGUGAAUAAACUUUUGAAUUCCUCAACCCUUUUCUCUUGUUGCUGCUGCUGCUCCUCUUGCUCUAUAAAAUACAAAUUCAUGGACGACUCAAAUUAAAUUAAACGAACCAUAUAUUAGGCCUACUUUGAAUGACAAAACGAAUUUGUUUGAAUAUUAGGCUAUAUUUACUUUACACUUUUGUUACAAGUUACCCUAUUCAACUUGCUAACCUUUUGCUUUCUUCGCAGCAUGUUUCUCGUAGCACACUUUCGUGUUUUCGAGAGAUGUCUUUUUAGAUUCCAAAAUGAAUCUUUACUGACUGAAACGAUGUCACCACAUUCUUUUUCUUGAACCACAUUAUCAUUGUUAGUUAGUUUUAUAUUAAUAGUACACCUGUAUGACUUCUCAUUUUCCUUUUUGAAGUACUUGGUGAACUCCAUUAUUGAGCCGAGUUCUGACUGAAAAUAGUCUACUGUUGAUGACUGUGCAAGACACAGAUGGAUUCUGGGUCAGGCUUGAGCAUGCUUCAGACUCGUUGUGUGAGCGGAGCGAAAUUGGAGCGGGACAUAGGGCGACGCUCCGUCCAUUUAAAAAUGCCGCUCUGCGCUCUGUCCAAAAUCCGGCCGCUCGCGCUCCCCGCUCGCUCCCGCUCCACUCCGCUCACAUGCUCUGGUUCACAUGCAGGCUAUACAUGUCAUACAUGUACUGUAGUGCUAAGAUAGAAUUACCUUCACCUGACUUUCUUCCUUUCCUUUCCCUCUAGACCACCAUGCUAUCCAUCUCACUGAAGAUGCAUCUUCCCCUGAGGAGCAGCACUGUGAGCAGGAGUGGAGCCCUGGUCUGGGCCAGGACCCAGAGCCCACACAGAUUAAAGAGGAACAGGAGCUCAGAAUCAGCCAGGAGGAAGAGCAGCUUCAGGGUCUGGAGUCUGAUACCAAAGGAGAGUCAAUAUUAACUCCUCCCUUUGUUAAAAGUCACUGUGAUCAGGACCCACCUCAGCCUUCACAUCUUCCACAUACCCAAACUGUGGACAUCAGAGAAGGAGACUCUUUAGCCAGAACCAUAUCUUAUAAACAGAUCAAAAUAGAGAAUGAAGGAGAAGGCUACAGCACAUCAGAACCAACCAUUGACUUACAGCCCAUCUUCACCAUGAAUUCAGACUGUCUUGCAGCUUCGAGUGAAAACUGUGCCCAACCCAAUAUCAACAAUAUAAUUCAGAGAGAAGGACUCCCAGUAUAUAAGGCCCCACAGCCACAGGGAACAAGCAGUGCAUAUGAAAGAGAAAGUAUAGGUCUACACAUAGAUGUUAGAGGCCAGAACACCUCAAAGCUGCCUCAACAGAGAUCCCCCUAUCAACCCCAGGGCAUACAGAGAGUGUAUCGUUGCAGAGAGUGCGGGAAAUGCUUCAGUUUCUCCUGUCAGUUAGAGGUCCACAUGCGAUGGCACACCAAGGAAAGACCAUUCAGCUGCUCUGUGUGCAGAAAAGGCUUCACAACCAUCAGCAUGUUGAGGAGGCACCACCGCAUUCACACUGGAGAGAAGCCCUUCCGCUGUCACAUCUGUGGGAAAUGUUUCAACCAGUCGGCUCACCUGAACACUCACUUUAAAAUUCACCCAGGGGAGAGACCACACGGCUGGAAAAUGGCUCGGUCAAAACGUUAACAGCAGAGACAUCUACGCUCACUCUUGAAAUUAAGUUCUUAGCACAGAAGGAGAGUAACAUGUAAAUCUGGGCAGUUUAAUUAUUGGCCAGGAUUUAAAACACUAGAAGAAUCAGUGAUUGAUGUUUGAACAAUGCAUUACAAUACAGUGGGGGAAUGGGAAUACCUUUUGAGUAAUGAAAACUGUUUUUCACUGAUCCAUGUGAUUGUAUUGCUGCAUGCGUCAUCAUCUGAAGCCUUGCGUGCGGCCAUGCUUGGUUCAGCGCGAACAUGAGGAUAUGAAUACUGCCAGUAGCUGUAUAUAUGUUGACUGAUGAUGUGUUGUUCUUUUGUAAUUACACUACAAAUUUUACAGGAAGCAGAGGAUAGAAUCUGUCUUAUUUAGUAGAUGCAGACCAAUCCAUUUAUUUGAUCAUCCUCAUCUAUUUCCCCUUAGGACUUGGACCUGACUGCUGGUCUGUGUGACUAUCCUAUUAGGGUCUUGACAGUUAUCUCUGAUGAAAUUACUGUGUUAAAAUGUGUUCCGUACUGAAUGUUAACUGUUUUUUAAUAAAUAAUUGGUCUAAUGUUUUAAGGUCAGGAUUGCUAUGUAUCUUCUACCAUUCAGGCUGCAGCGCCACGUGUGGGUG